ACACCCUCUUUUCAGUCUUCAGUUUCGUCGAGGCAUGCAAGAGGCAACGUGUGUGUGUGUGUGUGUGGGGGGUUAACACGCAGCACUACGAACAGCCAGAGUGUUCCGUAGCUUUCGUCUCUGUCGCUUCUGAUACAAAUGGGUUCAUAUACAAACAAGAGUACUGUGUGAUUUAAACCAAAAGGAUUUUAACUGUUAAAUACAGUGUGGGACUCUGGGACUCAGGACACAGUAGUUCAGAGCGUCAGUUGAGGACCAUGUGGUGGAUGAGAGACACGGUAACAGAGAGGACCCCAGUGAAACCACCGCUCUACUACAGUCAUAGCUGAAUCAUGGGGAAUGUGGAAAGUCAGAAUGGUGACAGCGGUUUCUACGGAAACGAGAAAGGUCACCUGUCCCGAAAGCACACGUCCCGAUCCCUCCGCCUCUCCAACAAGCAUCAGAAUCCCAGUCGACACUCUCUACGACCCUCUCUACGACCCUCGGCAGGGAAAUCGGAACACCGGAAUUCCGAAGCCAGCACCCGCUCCUCCAGCACGCCCAGUAUCCCACAAUCCUUAGCGGAGAACGGCCUGGAACCUUUUAACCAGACAGACGAGCUGGGGGAGUUUGGAAUCAACCCUCAUUGGACUGACCGCGUCGCCAUGACGAUGAGGCCUUCCGAGUCCUUCCCGCACGACGACGACGACCUCACCGGUGACCCCGCUUCAGCCACGCCCACUCCGGAAACCUCCGAGGUGGACACGAUCGCUCUGCAACGUGAAGGAGUUGAGGAAGAAGGAGGGACGACGUACCCGGUAGAAGAGGAGGACGCGGAGAGAGACGGAGAUGUGCGGUACCUCCAGAGGGUGAACGAGGGACCGAGGGAAGAAGGAGGGACGACGUACCCGGUAAAAGGGGAGGACGCGGAGAGAGACGGAGAUGUGCGGUACCUCCAGAGCGUGAACGAGGGACCGAGGGAAGAAGGAGGGACGACGUACCCGGUAGAAGGGGAGGACGCGGAGAGAGACGGAGAGAGAGACGGAGAUGUGCGGUACCUCCAGAGGGUGAACGAGGGACCGAGGGAAGAAGGAGGUUGUAAGAAGAAGAGGUCUAAAUCAGCGGACAUGUGGAGAGACGACAGUCAGGAGUUCUCUCUGUCAGAUCUCAGCCAGGACCACCUCACCUCCACCGAAGAGAUUAUAGAUGGAGGAGAGGAAGAGGAGGGAGAAGAGGAAGAGGAGGAGGAGGAGGAGGAGGAGGAGGAAGAGACGGUCAGUUCCAGAGGAACUGCAGGUUCUGCAGAGAGAGCCUCAUCACUAGACCACCUGUGUAGUGAGCGCAGCCAGCCGGUUCUGCGAGGAACACAUAACCGUUACGCCAAGAACCACCGGGACGGGGAACGCACCACCCACAGAGGAAGGGAUGAAGAGGGGGAUGAAGGGCUGAUCUCCCCCCAGGAGGAGGAGGGAAGCGGGUAUGGGGCGUUUACGCUGCCCUGUCGGAGGUCCCACUGUCUGUCUGAAGGUCUGCCAGGACACCAGGUGGUGCCAUGUCCGACCUUCCAGGGCCGACGGGCACAGACUACACAGGACAUAUCAGGUGUGCUGGGAGACGGCAGUGGGUAUGGCGACAGCGGCAUCGACGGGGUUGCCACGGAGAUGGACGGGGAAGUGGGGCCAGGGUCACGACGCUGUAAGGCCAUGUCGGCCUCGUUCUCCGUCUACUCUGCUGCCGGGAGCAGCGCGUUUAACGGGAGUGACAGCGGGAGCAGUAGUGGAGGAGGAGGAGGAGGAGGAGGAGAGGGAGGAGGAGGAGGAGGAGGAAGAGGAGGAGAGGGAGGAAGAGGAGGAGGAGGAGGGAGAAAAGGAGGAUGGGGAAUGUAUGAUAACUUCCAUCAGGACUUUGAGAAUCAACACUGGACUCGUCGAGAGCGUGACUGCACGGAGGAGGCGGGCUCAGCUGAGAGUGACGAGCGUAGCAGCGGCACACUGAGCACGGCUUACCCAUCGGACGCUCUCAUUGGCUGCUGUGCGCAGGGCACGGUGAGGAAGGCGGGAGCUCUGGCAGUGAAGAACUUCCUGGUUCACAAGAAGAAUAAGAAGGUGGAGCCAGCCACCAAGAGGAAGUGGAAACAUUACUGGGUGUGCCUCAAAGGAUGCACUCUGUUCCUGUACGAGACUGACGGGCGGUCGGGGAUCGACCACCACAGUGUUCCUAAACACGCGGUGUGGGCUGAGUACAGUAUCCUCCAGGCCGUACCUGAACACCCCAAGAAGGACUUUGUCUUCUGCCUCAGCGACUCUCUAGGGGACGCAUAUCUCUUCCAGACGACGGGCCAGACGGAACUGGAGAACUGGAUCACGGCGAUCCACUCAGCGUGCGCGGCUGCCGUUGCUAGGCAACAUCACCGGGAGGAUACGGUGCGGUUGCUAAGGACAGAGAUCAGGAAACUGGAGCAGAAGAUAGACAUGGACGAGAAGAUGAAGAAGAUGGGAGACAUGCAGCUCAGUGCCGUGACCGAUAACAAGAAGAGAAAGACUAUUCUGGAACAGAUCUUCCUGUGGGAGCAGAGUCUAGAACAGCUUCACCUGGACAUGUUCAGAUGUCGCUGUUACCUGGCCAGUCUGCAGGGAGGGGAGCUGCCCAACCCUAAACGCCUGCUAGCCGUGGCGUCCAGAGCCACAAAACAGGCGAUGGGACGCCUGGGAAUCUUCUCGGUGUCUUCCUUUCAUGCGCUGGUGGCGGUGCGUACAGAGAGCGCGGUGACGAAGCGGUCCCAGGCUACGCCCCGCCCCUCUAGCAAACGUCGGAGUCGCUUCUCUUCCCUCUGGGGGCUCGACACCACAUCUAAGAAGAAGGUGAAAGGUCGACCCAGCAUCAACCAGGUGUUUGUUGCUGGAGUGGAACCGGUGAUCAAACCAACAGUUCCCCUUGAAGAUACGGCCAGUGAGAAAUCGAAGGAGGAGGGUUCAUUGAAAAUUAUUCCCCAGGACAGCGUGGACAGUGAGAUUUGGGUUCCUGACUACCUGGCCCCGUCCUGGGUGUGUCUACCUAACGACCAGCCUGUGCUAGCCGUCAUUCAACCAGGGGAGACUGCAGAAGAUACGCUGGACAUCGUCUGCAAGGCCCAUAAACUGGACCCGUCUAACUUUUACCUGCUCUUGAAGGUGUGUGUAGAGGAGCAGCUGCUGCUAUAUGUUCCCAAACUGGAAGAAGACAUCUCUGAUCUGCUCUACAAAGAGAUUGAGAUAUGUCCCAAAACCACCAAGAUGAUCCACUUCGACAAAGCUGAGUCCUGCACGUUGGCAUACGGUUUCUCAAUAGCAGUAGUAGACGAGGAGGGGACUCAGAAGCUCCACAUCACUGAAGUAAAGGCAGGAGGACUGGCUUCCGCUAAAGGCCUGCUUGCGGGUGAUGAGAUCCUGUUGUUAAAUGGUAAACCGGCGUCGGCUCUGGGCGUGGUGGAUAUGAGGUCAGCGUUAGUCGGCCCUUCGUUGUCCCUGAGCGUGAGCACCCUGCCGACCCUUGAGCCCCUCUGCCCUUUUCCCCCUCGACGCUCCAACACAGCAGAAUACGACACCUGUACGGACAUCUAUUCCCAGAGCCAAGAAGACAUUCUGGAUGAGGUAUCAGGGUUGACGGUGGUCAGUCCGGAUGAUACUCUGGAGGAUGAGUCAGUUCUGGAUCUGGAGAAUUCAGGACGCAACCAGGCGGACUACGCUGAGACAGGACACAAAAGUACUGAGCAGGUGACUGCAUACUGCCGGAGUCUCCAUGAGAUGAAUCCUUCCCAUGUUCCCCCACAGUCUUCCUCGUCCAGCACUUCCUCCCUCUCUCCCAGCCAGUCGAUGCCAGUGGUGGCGGGCGCUGCCAUCCAGAGACAGCUGUCACACGCCGACAAACUACGUAAAGUCAUCAGUGAACUGGUGGAGACUGAGAGGACCUACGUCAAGGACCUGGGCUGUCUGAUAGGGCGCUACUUGACCCCUCUGCAGAAGGAGAGCUUCCUCACCCAGGAUGAGCUGGACGUCCUGUUCGGUAACCUAGGAGAGAUGCUGCAGUUCCAGGUUGAGUUCCUGAAGACUCUAGAAGACGGGACCAGACUGGUCGCCGACCUGGACAAGCUGGAGAGAGUAGAACAGUUUAAGAAAGUGCUGUUCUCUCUGGGUGGAUCGUUCCUGUACUACGCCGACCGCUUCAAGAUCUACAGCGCUUUCUGUGCCAGCCACACCAAGGUCCCCAAGGUCCUGGCCAAAGCUAAGACCGAUGCAGACUUCAAGACGUUCCUAGCGGAGAGGAACCCCAAACAGCAACACUCCUCAACCCUGGAGUCCUACCUGAUCAAACCCAUCCAGAGAAUCCUGAAGUACCCACUGCUACUGAGAGAGCUGUACUCACUGACUGACCCCGACAGUGAAGAACACUAUCACCUGAAUGUUGCGAUGAUGGCCAUGAACAAGGUGGCCAGUCACAUCAAUGAGAUGCAGAAACUUCACGAGGAGUACGGAGCCGUGUUUGACCAGCUCAUCAAUGAGAUGACCGCAGACAAGAAGGAGGUAUCCGAUCUAUCCAUGGGCGAUCUUCUCCUCCACUCCACCCUGGUGUGGAUCAAUCCUCCAGCCUCCCUGGUCAAGGGCAAAAAGGACCCUGAGCUGGCUACCUUCGUGUUCAAGACUGCGGUGGUCUUUGUGUACAGAGAUCGCUCCAAGCAGAGGAAGAAGCUUGGCGGGUCUCAUCGUCCUGCUGUGUCAGAUGACAGAGUCCCGUUCCUUUUCCGUCACAUGAUCUCAACAGACGCCCUACAAGUCCGCGCCCUCACAAACUCCGAGGGUACAGCGAUGUGUGAGAUAGUUCACGUGAGGUCAGAGUCUGAGGGGAGACCAGAGAGAACCUUUCACCUGUGCUGCAGUUCUGUGGAGAGUAAGAAGGACUUCCUGAAGACAGUCCACUCCAUCCUGAGGGAUAAACAACGACGUCAGCUGAUGAAGACUGAGUCUCUACCCCCCAACCAGCAGUAUGUCCCCUUCGGAGGAAAACGUCUCUGUAACCUCAAGGGAAACAGACCGGCAAUGAACAGAGCAGUCUCAGCCCCGUCUCGGACCCUUGGUCGCAGGAAGCUGGUUAGGAACCGAUUCAUCAUUGACACCGACCUCGUUCUCCAUGACAACCACGAAGACUCUGACUCUAACCCCUCCCACUCUACCCAUGACCAUUCCCACCAGCCUCCACAUUCCCAUAACCUCGUGCCUCCUACCCAGAAGCCUCAGCAGCGGACGCUGGUGGUGACUGGAGGCGACACGGACCGCUGGGUGGAGGAACAGUUCGACCUGGGUUGCUACGAUGACCAGGGAGGAGUGACGGGGGAGGAGAGGAGGAUGGAGGGAGGGAUAGAGGGAAGGAUGGAGGGAGGGAUAGAGGGAAGGAUGGAGGUGAAAGAGACGGACAUUCUGAGCGACGAUGAUGAGUACUGCAAGUCAGUCAGGGCUUCGUCAGCCGAAUCCAGCCUCCUGGAGGAGAGGAUGGAGGGAGCAACUCUAGAGGAGAGGAGCAAAGACCAGGACAGAGGGGUAGAAGAGGAGGCGGAGGAGGCGGAGGGAAAGAAAGGCGAGAGGAGACAGAACGGAGAGGUAGAGGAAGAGAGGAGGACCUCCCAGGGCAUUUUCCAAGAGGCCGAGGGGGGUGAAAGGGGUGAGUUACAGGUAGACUCUGACUCCCCCGUCCCUCCCCCCUCACGGUCCCCCGCCCCCCCGGCGAAGAUUGCCCCCCUCAGAAAGCAAUGGGCCGCGGAGGGCGUGGCCGGGAAGCAGUGUUCCGUGGAGCGAGUGGCCGAGAGGGACCACUGUGAUGUCAUCUGGGUGCGACGCGAAGACUAUGCCAACGGAGGGAACAACGACGUCUUCUGAGACUAAGGAAGGGAUGAACAACAGAAAGAGAGGAAGAGAAGAGAUCAACGCCUUCUAGGGAGAAGAGGAUAUGACACACGGGAUAGGACAGACGGGAUAUGACGAUGGGACAUGACAGACGGGACAUGACAGAUGGGAUAAGACAGACGGGACAUGACAGACGGGAUAAGACAGACGGGACAUGACAGACGGGACAUGACAGACGGGACAUGACAGACGGGACAUGACAGACGGGAUAUGACAGACGGGACAUGACAGACGGGACAAGACAGACGGGACAAGACAGACGGGAUAUGACAGACGGGAUAUGACAGACAGGAUAUGACAGACGGGAUAUAACAGACGGGAUAAGACAGACGGGAUAAGACAGACGGAACAAGACAGACGGGACAAGACAGACGGGAUAUGACAGACGGGAUAAGACAGACGGGACAAGACAGACGGGACAAGACAGACGGGACAUGACAGACGGGAUAUGACAGACGGGAAAAGACAGAUGGGAUAAGACAGACGGGAUAAGACAGACGGGCUAAGACAGACGGGAUAAGACAGACGGGAUAAGACAGACGGGAUAUGACAGACGGGAUAUAACAGACGGGAUAAGACAGACGGGACAAGACAGACGGGAUAAGGCAGACGGGCUAAAACAGACGGGAUAUGACAGACGGGAUAAGACAGACAGGAUAUAACAGACGGGAUAUAACAGACGGGAUAAGACAGACGGGACAAGACAGACGGGACAAGACAGACGGGACAAGACAGACGGGAUAUGACAGACGGGAUAAGACAGACGGGACAAGACAGACGGGACAAGACAGACGGGACAUGACAGACGGGAUAUGACAGACGGGAAAAGACAGACGGGAUAAGACAGACGGGAUAAGACAGACAGGCUAAGACAGACGGGAUAAGACAGACGGGCUAAGACAGACGGGAUAAGACAGACGGGAUAAGACAGACGGGAUAAGACAGACGGGAUAUGACAGAUGGGAUAUGACAGACGGGAUAUGACAGACGGGACAUGACAGACGGGACACAAAUGUGACUGCUGAGUUCGUUCACACAAGCUUUAAAUAGGAGGUUUUCGAGGAGGGAUGAAGGACCCUUGUCGAUGUAAACUCUAUCUCCUCUCACCGCUCCACGCGUGUAUUCCCCAGGAACCAAACAGGGGAGGGAUUAACCGGAACUUUGUCCAAUAAAGAAACACUCAUUUUCAUUUACGAAACGUUUUUUUUCCAUUACAAAACGAUUUGCACUAAUGAAUACAACCCCCGUCGCUCACCUUCUCCUGACAAUCCUACUGUCUUCUACUCGGCGACAGACUCACAGGCUCACAAUGCCUCAACUGAACUGCUAUCAGAUGGGAGAGAGAGGCCGUACACGCAAACACACUGGACUAUGAUCUUGUUGCCAAAAAAAAACGACAAAAAAAAACGUUUAUUUUUCAAACGCAGGAAUGACGGGUCAUAUUUUUGCUUCUCUGACUUAGAAACUGUGUUUGUUUGUUUUGUAACACUCAAGGGCUGUGUGUAACUUCGAAAUCCUUGUCUGCAUCUCAGAUGCUACCGUACCGUGUACCCUUUUUAGUGCACUAUUUUUUCACCCUGGACCCAUAGGGUUCUGAUCCUAAACCUUGUCUCCAGGAGCUACAGACUGCUGUGUAAUAUAUGACAUAGAGAUAGAUAGAGGACACAACUUGGAUAUAAUUACAAAGAGGAGAUCUCUUUCCAUCUCUAUGGUGUACAACCCUGCUAGCUUUACCGCGCUUAUACUCUUCUGCUCUAUAUCGGCUGCUGAUAGAACUCGGAGCAACUGUCCAGGCACAAUUAUAGCGUAUUGUCUUUUCUAAAAUAACAUUUUUAUUCACGUCUACCAACAUAUUUGUUCAAAUCUUGAUUUUGUUGACUAAAAAUGAACUAAACAAUUAUUUUUUUUGUUUUUAUUUCUGUUUACAUGACAUCCAGUGUUACUCACUCCCUGACCCUCGCACGGGACAGGAUAUGACAUCAUAAUAGUAAUAAUAUGACUUCCUGUUUUACUUGAAUUUUCUUUGGAGUUAUGUUUGAAAGGAAAAUGUUGACAAAACACUGGCUGUUACUGACUGCAAAGCAGGAUCAAUGAAUUAGCAGGAUCAAUGAAUUAGCAGGAUCAAGGAAUUAGCAGGAUCAAUGAAUUAGCAGGAUCAAUGAAUUAGCAGGAUCAAGGAAUUAGCAGGAUCAAUGAAUUAGCAGGAUCAAUGAAUUAGCAGGAUCAAGGAAUUAGCCAGCUGACGUUGAUUACAAGAAAACCAUAAUUUUUCUGGUUCAUUAAGAAAGCUAAACUUAGAUUUUGUUUUUUG